CCUCCUCCUCCUCCAAACAAACAAAUUCAUUUUAACACGACAUGUUUCAGCGCUGAGUUUUUCUUUUUAUUAAUCCCGCGUUCACAACAUUUCUAUUUGACUCGGUUUAUUUUAAUUCUCUCUCUUCUAUCGCUCUUUCACUUAACAAAAUAUGAUUGCUGCUAACCUUGUAGCCGACGAUAAAGCUAAAAAAGAAGCUAUCCAGGACCUGGAGUCCAAAUUCGACUUGAGCACUGAUCAGCUUCGAAAACUUUCCUUGUUAUUGCAAAAUGAAAUGAAGUCUGGCCUCAAAAAAUGUGAUAUCGAAUGUAAUGUUCCUAUGCUUCCCUCAUGGAUUUUUAGUCACCCAACCGGUCAAGAGCAGGGUGAAUACAUUGGACUAGAUUUAAGUGGUUCCAAUAUUCGUGUAUACUUGGUUACUUUGCAUGGUCAAGGCCGCAUCACCACACGUCAAUUAAAAUACGCUGUCAGGAAUAAUUUAAAGCAUGGUCCUAUUGGUAACCUAAUUGAUUUUAUGGCAGAAUGUGUGGAUUCUUUCUUGACGUUUGUCAAUAAGGGUGACUCUCGCAAUCCUCUUUAUAUGGGCUUAUGUAUUGCUUUCCCACUACGACAAUCUGCUAUAAACAACGCCUACGUACUUCAAUGGACAAAGGAUUUUACUAUUACAGGUGCUGAUAACAAGAACAUUGUUGAAUUAUUACAGACCGCACUUCGAAAACGUGAUAUUCCAGUUAUUAUCAAAGCGGCAGUAAACGGAGCUGCUGGUUCUCUUUUAGCACAUUCUUAUCGUAGUUUGGAUACGCUACUCUCGUGCACGGUCAGUUCCGGCACUAAUGCAGCUUACUGGGAAAAACUCGAAAAUGUGGGCAAGCUUAAGAAUAAAGUGCAAAGUGAGGAGAAAACCGAAAUGAUUGUCACUACCGAAUGGGGAGGAUUUGGCGAUACUAAAUCAGAAACUAUCCCACAUACAUUCUAUGAUAUCCGUGUUAACCGACAAUCUGUAAACCCUGGUGUACAUGUAUUUGAAAAAAUGGUGGCUGGCCUUUAUCUCGGUGAAAUCGUGCGUCUGAUCUUGGUAGAUUUGACUGACCGUCGUCUUCUUUUUGAUGCCCAGUACUCGGCCGAAAUGAACACUGCCUACCAAUUUGAAUCCACUUAUAUGAGUGCGAUAGAAAGUGACGAAACACCAGAAUUAGAAAGCACCAAACAUUUAUUAGAAAAUGUCAUGAAUCUAGAAUCCACCACAUUAACUGACCGCCAAAUGGUCAAGCGAAUCUGUGAAAUGGUGGGUAAACGUGCUGCUCGCUUAAUUGCGGCAGGUAUGAGUGCUAUUAUCUCAAAGAGAAAUGCGUUGGAAGUAGGCCUGAGUAUCAGUGUAGAAGGCACUAUCUAUGAAUUCUAUCCUAAUUUCCCCGACCGUGUUAAUACGGCACUGCAAGAGUUAUACGGUGAAAAUUUCGAGAGGAUCAACAUUGGUAUUACACGCGAUGGUAAUGGUAUAGGUGCAGCGUUAGCAGCCAUGAUUGCUACUACGAAAUCUGCAUAAUUUUAGCGUGAAAAUAAAUAAAGUCGUCAUGCACUGAUUUUAUCAUUUAAAGACAGCUC